AUGCUCCUCUUUCUGCUCAUUUUCUGCUUUUCAUUUGCUCAUUCACAGAAACAAUAUUCAGAUCAUACGUAUCUCAUUUUCAAGUCAACUCAGGAGAAUCUCAACUUCAGAAGCAAUUUAUACAAAGAUGAAACGUUGGAUUUUCUGCAAAGAUCUCCACAAAUCGAUGCGGACAAUGUGAUCUUCCUGAAGCCUGAUCAAAUUGAACAAACUAGGCAACGAUUCCAAAGAGAAAAAAUUGCUUUUGAAUUAGAAGACGUGCCUCAUUUCGAUUACCCAACUCCUCGAGAAGACAAUAAACGAAUUUCCCGUCGAUCUCUUACUGAUUUCAAGUUGACAGCUUUUAAUGACGUUGAUGAGCAAGUCGCCUUCAUGAAAUCCCUCGCCAAAAAACACUCCGACUUUGUCGAAUUGGAAGUCUUCGGAAAAAGUGCCCAAGGAAAACCGUUGUAUCUUUUGAAAAUCGGCUAUCCAUUGAAUGGUACAAAGAAAUCCGGUGUUUUCAUCGAUGCCAAUAUUCAUGCACGAGAAUGGAUCACGUCGAGUACUGCUUUUUGGAUCAUCAAUGAGCUUGUCACAAAUUCAACUCAUAAAGACUUAUUAACAAAAGUCGAUGUCUAUGUAGUCCCAAUGCUGAACCCAGAUGGAUACAUGUGGAGUCGAAAACGCGAUAGAAUGUGGCGACGAAAUCGAAAUCACUUCUCUUCCAACUCUGAGAGCGACUGUGUUGGGGUGGAUUUGAAUCGAAACUUCCCUUUCCAUUGGAGCCCGCGGGACAUCGAUUUUGUGCCCGAUCAAUGCCAUCAAAACUAUCCAGGCCCAGAACCUGGAUCAGAAGAAGAAACGAAAUCAUUGAUGAAAGUCUUGAAGAGGCUCUCAACGCUGAGAGCUUACAUAGCAUUGCAUUCUCGUGGUGAUUUAAUUCUUUAUCCCUGGGGCUUCGCCAAGAAUCAUUUGCCCCCGGAUGUUCAUGUUCUGAUAGAGAUGGCUCACAAGAUUCGAGCGGGAAUCUUCUCAUCUCGUGGCAACAACUUCACCGUGCUCAACUCAGCUGAUAUGUAUCUAGCUGCUGGUAUUGCUCAUGACUACGCGAAAUCGUCGGGCAUCAAAUACUCGUAUACGUUAGAGCUUACAAAAAUUCGCGAAUAUCGCCCAACCGAGGCUGAGAUUGAGCCGGUUGGCCGGGAGGUUUUCGCAGGGAUUCUCGUGCUUUUACAGGACAUUUUCCUAGAAAUCCUUUUA